AAACUUCCUACUAAUCAGUUAGACUUGAGAAAGCAGCAAGAGGCUGUGUGGGAACUUUUCACAAGUGAAUGCACUUAUUUCUUGGACCAUUUGUUAGUUCUUAAGAUGAUUUUUAUGAAUACAUUAAAAUACCUGCAAAUUCAUGAAUAUCUCCUGGAUGUGGACUUGUGGAGACUUUUUGCAAAUCUGGAGGAGUUAACUCAGACAAGCCUUAGAUUUGUGAACAGUCUUUUCAGCAUCAUCAAGGACUAUGUAGAUGCUUCUGAGACUUCGCCAUUCAUGGAUUUCAUUUCCAUACUCACAAAGUAUUUCCGAGGGAGCCUCUGUCAGAGCCACCAGACUUACUGCCUGAAUUACUCUGCUGCUGUGUUUUAUCUGGAGAGCCUGAGGCAGAGAGAUGACUUCAGCAUUUAUUUAAAAUGGUGCGAGCAAAAUGAACGGUGUAAACGGCUUCACCUGCCGGAGCUCCUAGUAGCCCCACUGCACAGGCUUACUCGAUAUCCCUUGUUGCUGAAGAAUAUCUGGAAAAGGAGUACAGACUCCACUGAGAAAAUCAUGAUCUACUCCAUCAAGGAAAAGGUGGAAAAGUCAAUCCGGGAUCUUGAAGGAAAAGUGAAGUGGCUUGACAAUUUCCAAAAAUUUAGACACCUACAGGAAAUCAUAGUAUGGCCUCCACUUUGGGAUAGAGAUAAAAGGUUUUUCAUUCCAGAGUGUUUGAGACACAUUUUUAAAGAACACAUGGCAGAAAACAUCUUGUCACCAACCAACAGACACCUUCUCUAUGAAGGAAAAUUAACUCUUGCAGAAAGCACAAGAUUCCUAGAUGUUUAUCUGUUUCUCUUUGAUGAUUUCCUCUUAGUUACGAAAACUAAGCGCAACAAAAAGAAAGUUGGAGGCUCAGACACUGGUUUAAUGUGCCCUUCACUUACUCCUGAGCUGCAAACUAUAAUAAAAGAGGGAGGUUCAUGUACAGUACUCGACCAGCCCAUUCCACUAGAUAGACUGGUGGUCAAAAGCAUUGAUCCACUCCAUGUGUCGGUCUUUGGGCUGAGAAAUGCUUUUCUUAUACAACAUGAAAACAGAUAUCGACAGUGUAUAGCAGCAUUCUUAUUACAAGCCCAAACGGAAAACAGCAAAAAAGCAUGGAUGGUACAAAUAACCACAGCAAUCUCUGGCUUCACCAAGAGUCAGGAAACCAAGAAAAUGUCUUUGUUCACACUGCCUGAAGAAUCGUCUGAGAUUUAGGGACCUAAAAUAAGUAUACACUUUUUUUAGAUACUGGGGCAUAAGGUAUUCUUCCAUUCAGACUUUCCUAACACUUAUCAAGUGAUGGGCUAGAAGGAAGUGUGCUUUUUUUUUUGUGGUACUGGGGUUUGAACUCAGGGCCUACCCCUUGAACCACUCCACCAGUCCUUUUUUGCAAAGGAUUUUUACCAGAACUACUUGCUGGCUUCAAACUGUGAUCCUCCUAAUUUCUGCCUCCUGAGUAGCUUGGAUUACAGGUGUGAGCCACUGGUGCCUGGCUAGAAAUGUGCAUUUUAAAGGCAUUCCAGAACUUGAGAAUUUGAGCCAGGAAAGUCUUUAGUGUAGGGGAACAAUGACUACAACAAAUUUGAACUCUGAGACAUUUCUUGACAAUGA